UGAAUAAUCUAUCAAUCGGCGUAUUUUCCAACUAUAUAGGAGCAACAUGCACGACUACAGUAACAGCCAUCAAAAUAAUCCUUUGCGAGAUCAACAAGAUUCCUGGUCAAUUUGACAGGAUUUUCCGCAAAGAGAGUGAGAUGCACGACGUCAAGGAUAAGCAGCUGAGAAAGAUCUUGAGCUCGACGACCGAGCCGAUUCUUAGAGCCUUCUUGAUUUACAUGUUCGCUGUCAUCAUGACCAAUGUAUCCUUCAUGGGGUUGUGCGGGUACCUCCGUUAUAAGCACACCAAACAGACCAAAGAAGCCUACCAUCCCUUCGAAAUGCUCCUGCCCUUUGAUAGGGACGAGCAUUAUAACCUCACUCUUUUAGUUUACAUGUUGACUGAAUCCGUUACGGCUUUUAUGGCUUACACUAUGGACAUGGCGUUGCUGGUUUUUAUAAUUUUUCACAUUUUGCGAUUGAAAUUCCUUCAGCAUGUGCUCAGGAACUUUAAACACUAUACUGGCAACGCGGACUCCAUACACGAUGUAGAUCGAAAGAUAACUUACAAGGAGACAGCUUCUUUUUGGCGGAAUUGCAUUUCUGAACAUCAGGAUAUCAUUAGUGAUGUCGAAAUGUUGAAUAAGCAGAUGAGCAAGUUGUUCUUCAUUGAUUUCUUCUUGAGAACUAUACAAAUGGCAGGAUUUUGCUUGGGAGGAAUAAAGGCAGAUCAGUUCAUGAAUCAAUUCUUUGGCUUCGGCUGUUUGAUGUGCAGCUCUUCGCAGCUGACCAUCUUAUACUGGUACGGUGAGGUUCUUACAUCUGAAAGCGUGGCGAUUUCUGAUGCUAUAUACGAGAGCGAAUGGUACGAUGCUGAUAUGGAAACGAGAAGAACCAUGCUGAUGAUGAUGAGGAGGUCCCAGAGGUGUCUGAUAUUGACCGUUGGGAAAUUUGAGAAGGUUGCACUGAGGACUGUACUGAGAAUCCUGAAAUCUAUUUAUUCUUGUAUGAGUAUUAUUGUACAACGACAAUGAAGUUUGAAGGAUCCACGAAAAAAUCUGUUUACCUGUGUUAUGAAAAUCAAAAAUGCACACAACACCAACUAUAUUGUUUUGAUUAGUUCACAGUGAAUGUAAAUUACCUAUUAGAAACUAGGGAAUUUGAGAAAAAUA